UGUCAACCUCGUUCGACGAGCCAAUACUGCUGCACGCCCACGGCAGCCAUCUCGACACCAAUGGCCGCCAUGUUUACUCCCAGCCGGGGGAGGGCAAUUGGACGAGCCAUUGCGGCCUCGUCGUCUGGCCCUGUCACCCUCCCUAGCUUCCUGGUGCCAGCAUGGCAAGCGACAGCACCCAAGAUCGCAUCUUCCCGAGCCGCCAUUGCCCUCUUCUCCACGACCUCGAAGCGACCAUCCAAGCUGGGAAGAACCCCUCUAUCGAUCCCUCCUGGCGUAGAGCUAUCUGUUGGCGAGCCGGUUGCGAGCAGGGACUUGACAUCAUACAAGAAGGUGUACAAGAAAACCAUCACUGUAAAGGGACCUUUAGGAGAGCUUGACCUGGAAGUUCCGGAAUAUGUGCAGGUGACGCAAGAUCCUGAAGCCAAGGUGGUGUCGUUGAAUGUCCAGGACACUGACGCCAAGGACCAAAAAGCCAUGUGGGGAACAACAUGGUCUUACCUAAGGAACUAUAUAAUGGGUGUCUCGGAAGGGCACACGGCCAUUCUCCGUCUCGUCGGUGUCGGUUAUAGAGCGAGUGUCGAAGAGCGAGGUGCUAAAGAAGAAUUUCCUGGGCAGCGCUUCCUGUGCCUCAAGCUCGGGUUUACUCAUCCUGUCGAGGAGGGCAUCCCUCGCGGCGUGACCGUGACAACUCCUGCGCCUACACGUAUCCUGAUUGAGGGAAUUGACCGCGAGACCAUCAUGUCGUUUGCUGGACGAGUUCGCAUGUGGCGUCCUCCGGAGCCUUACAAGGGCAAGGGCGUGUUUAUUAACGACCAGACGAUCAAGCUGAAGCAGAAGAAGAUCAAAUAGAGAGGUGGUAUGUGGGAAUUUAUACUGGCCAGCUUGGUGGCUUGGCCUAUUGGACGCAGCUGGCGUGUGUAUUCUAGCAUCAUGUACAGAUUUGUGUGUACUAUUUGACGAGGCAUAUACAAAACUACACUUUCUGCUUUGAAA